AUGAUUCUCGCCAUCUUUACCUACUCAGCCGUGGUCGUCGGUCUGGUAUACCUUGUCUUUACAUUCCCCAGGCUACAACAAGAGUGGAAGCUGUAUUCCCACCGCUCCCAGCUGCCGCCGGGGCCCAAGACCAUCAGGACCGGCCUCAAGAAGCCAUGGCUCUGGUUCCGGGAGCUGAGCCGGGAGUACGGCGACGUCGUCUACCUCCAGAUGGGACCGACGCCGACCAUCGUCCUCGGCUCGGCCCAGGCGGCGUGGGACCUCCUCGAGAAAAGGGGCGCCGUCUUCUCGUCGCGGCCGCGCUUCAUCGUGGGCGGCGAGCUCCUAUCCGGCGGCAUGAGGGGCCUCAUGGCCCCGUACUCGCCCUUCUGGCGGCGCUGGCGGAAGCUCCUCCACGGCGGCUUCAUGCAGAGGCGGAGCGAGACGUACCGGCCUGUCCAGUGCCUCGAGUCGAGGGUCCUCAUGCACGAGCUCCUCGCGAGCCCGGGGGACUUCCGGAGGCAUCUCGAGAGGUACGCAGCCUCGGUCAUUGUAACGGUGACGUACGGCAGACGGGUUGAGGACGUUGCGACGGACGUCGUCGUCCGGAGGAACGCCGAGUCCAUGGGCCGUCUCACCUCGGUCAACAUCCCUGGAAGGUUCGCGGUCGAACGGUACCCCGUCCUCAAGCAUGUCCCGAGCUUCCUGGCCCCAUGGAAGGCCGAGGUCUUGAGGCAGAGACAGAAGGACAUCCGGCUCUACACGGAGCUUAUGGACGAAGUCCGGCGCAAGGUGGCCGACGGCGUCGCGCCGGCCUGCUUUGCAAAGCACCUGAUACAGGAGCAGGCCGCCCUCGGCAUGACGGACCUCGAGAUCGCGUACACCGCGGGAUCGCCCUUUGGGGCUGGCGUUGAGACUUCGGCCGGGUCCCUGGCUAGCUUCUUCCUCGCCUGCGUCAAGUUCGGUCCGCGAUUCAUACCAAAGGCGCAAGAGGAGCUCGACAGGGCCGUUGGGGGCGACAGGCUGCCGACCUUCCAAGACCUCGACGGCCUCGCGUACGUCCGGGCCAUAGCGUCCGAGACCCUACGCUGGCGGCCGGUCGCCGUGCUCGGGGGCACUCCCCAUGCCAGCACGGCGGAUCAUGUGUAUAAAGGCAUGUUCAUACCAAAGGGGAGCACCGUCAUCGCGCCCCUGUGGAGCAUCCACCUCAACGAGGCCGAUUUCCCAGAGCCCCACGAGUUCCGGCCGGAACGGUUCGCGGAGCAGCGCGAGUAUCCGGGGACGCUCGGCCACAGCGCCUUCGGCUGGGGCCGCCGCGUCUGCCCCGGCAUGCACCUCGGCUCGGCGUCGGUGGCACUCAACAUCGCGCGGGUGCUCUGGGGGUUCGCCGUCGGGCCGGCCAAGGACGAAAAGGGGAGGGAUGUCGACGUCGACAUAUUCGCGUAUUCAGACGGCUUCAACUCGAGCCCGCUGCCGUUCCCGUGCUCAAUCACCCCCCGGUCUCCGCGCCACGCUGAGGUUAUUGGAGAGGAGCAUGAGAGGGCCUUGGAAGAGCUGAGAGCGUAUACUGUUGGUCCCGGCAAGGCGUUCUAG